AGGUCAACGUGGGUAUUUUCUUAAUGGUGGAAGGGACCGGUGAGCCGAGCUGUUCGAAGACUGAAUUCAAUAAUAAGAUAAGUAUUUAGAGACGUUAGACAGCUAUAGAUACGAUUUUGAUGCAGUUUUCCUAUCACUAACACAAAGUGUCUAAUUACUCAUCAAGACAUAUUUACUUCCGACCAUUAUUCGUUUAAACCUUUUAGCUAGGUAGCGUCAGAGCAGAACUAACCACAAUGCGCAUGCGUAAAUCAGGAUGUGCCGUGGUUGCAGUGGGAUUCUGUUUUUGGUUACUCCUGUAACAAAAAGCAGCUAGUUUGUCUGUUACGUAGUUAUUGUGUUGGCAUACUCACGGGGAAAUACACGAUACAGGGACUCCUUGGUGCUUCUGCUUACGUAUCUAGUUAAGACCGGACGUCUAGUUUAGUCAGGACGCGUCCAAGCGAAAACGGAAGAGCGUGUGAGCGUACCUCUCGCUUGAGCGUCGUCUUCUUUUCGGAUGAUCCCAUAGCAUCAGUGUCGUGAACAUUAGAGGUCCUUGGUUUGGCGUGAAAUCAGACGGUAUAAUGCCGUUCCCUCAAAGACCAAGGGUGACGAAUGUGAAGAGUGGCAAGUGAAGGAACUCUGAUCCACCAUGGGAAACACACCAUCAAAGAGUGGCAUUGGAGGGGACCUAGCCAAAACAACUUUGUUUGAAAAGGAGGCAAAUGGGAUAACAUACAGAGUUCCUGCUCUCAUUUAUCUGAGGCACAGUCACACCUUCCUCGCCUUUGCAGAGAAAAGAUCUUCACCUUCUGACCAUGAUGCCAAAAUUCUUGUUAUGAGAAGAGGAACACUAAAAGCAGAUGGAUCUGUUCAGUGGUCCUCCAGUCAGGAGCUGUUGACAGCAUGUCUACCUAACCACCGCACCAUGAAUCCUUGCCCAGUGUAUGAGAAAAACAGCAAAACAUUGUUUUUAUUAUUCAUCUGCAUCUGGGGAAACACCACAGAGACUAGGCAAGUCAUUACAGGUAAGAACAAGGCACGUCUUUGCUGUAUUAGCAGCAGUGAUGAUGGGCAAACUUGGAGUCAAGCGAAAGACUUAACAGAGAGUGUAGUUGGCGAAACCAUCCAUAGGUGGGCCACAUUCGCGGUGGGUCCCGGCCACGGUGUUCAGAUGGAGAAUGGCAGAUUGAUCAUUCCUGCAUAUGCCUAUUACAUCCCUUACAGAUGCUGUUCCUUCCCCAUUCCAUUUACAGUCUACCCACGCUCACUGUCUAUUUAUAGUGAGGACUUUGGACAGACGUGGCAUAUAGGUAAAAUGCUUCGAAAAAAGUCAUGUGAAUGUGAAAUGGCAGAGAUCAUAGACCAUGAGGGCCGGAGUCAUCUUUACUGCAAUGCUCGUAACGCUGGAGGCCACAGAUGUGAGGCCCUGAGUGAAAACAGCGGUGUGUAUUUUGACAAGCCCCACAUGGCUCAGGAGCUCAUCGAACCACCUUCAGGGUGUCAAGGCAGCGUCGUUGGCUUUCCUGCUCCUGAAUUUGUCCCAAAUGAUGACGCCGAAAGCAAAGCUUGUGGCACAUCGCUCUUGUCUCCAGACACACAAACCUGGCUCCUCUUCAUGCAUCCAACUAAUAGGUCCAGUAGAAGGGACAUGGGCGUGUAUCUGAACCGGUCCCCCCUGCACUCAUCAGGUUGGGACAGGCCCAGGAUCAUCCACAGCGGACCCAGUGGCUACUCGGACCUGGCCUACAACGGAGACAAGGAUCAGUUUUCGUGCCUGAUAGAGUGCGGGAAAGAGAGUGAACUUGAGCAGAUUGCCUUCAUGUCAUUUACCCUUAACGAUGUCAUGCAGACAGGCAAUAAGAAAGAAAAGAAGAUGCGCUGAAUGGUGGUUGUUUUAUUUGUGUAUUAACAAAGCUCUCUGACAUUCUCUUGCAACCUAAAAAUCUAAGAAAAAGCCACUAAAUAGGUAUGCUGUGCAGUAACAUCUGUCUGUGUUUACUGUUGUUCUACAUUCUGGAGAUGAUAAUGCAUGAGUCGUGUGUUUUGUUGUCUCCUUGUUUACAUGAAAACGUAAUUCAAGUCUCAAUAGUGUUAAUAUGCAACCACUUGCACAAGGAAAGGAAACCAUUUUUAUAAGGUAGGGUGGUUGAUUUUAAGCAUGCUGUACUGGACUGUGAUUUUUUUAAACAGGCUUUGUGUGUAGCAUGUUUGACAAGCACUUCAUACCCAUUUCUGCAUCUUAUUAAACUGUCAGUAUUUUUGAGCAUUGGAGAGAAUUUGCCUACCUCUUUUUAUUUUCAUAAGAUCAUAGCAGGCCUUGUAGAGUAGAGCGUAGGGUUUCCUCCAUGCUCAGUCUUUCCUCUACAUUUACUAUACUCUGAUCCACAUAUGCCUUUUAUUCCACUGUUUAAACUUAAGCUGCACCACAGCCUGUCAGUACACAACGUUUUAAGUCGGUUAAAGUGGGAGCCACAAAGUUGACAACAAAACUGGACAGAAAAGAUAACAUUUACUUUUUUGCCUCGCCACAUCCAGCUAAUCAAGAGACCAUCUAAACUGUACCAGAUCUGAGUUCUUACAACCACUGAUGGAUCUGUAGAGAGAGAUAAUUUACCUUCUAGCCAGCUACUUCUGCCAAGAUCAGUUGGGCUACUUUGUACUGUACACUGAUUUUUAUUACAUUAAUUUUCAAAAGCAAUAUUUCACUUGGCUACAUUAUUUACUUAUUUAUUUUCAGUUUUCCAGCACAUUUAGCAUGAUUUUCUGAACAAGCAUUUCUUUCCCCAGAUGUAUUAAUUAAGUACAGUAUUAUGACCAGGUAUGAUUGGCUGGCUGUUGGUUAUCAAAUGAAAGCAUGCUACAGCAGAUGAAGAUUCACUAUUUAUUAAGCCACUAGGAAUUUUCACACACACAAAACCUUGUACUGAGCGACUUUAACAUCCCUCUUUGCUAAUGUUGUGAGGCAACACUAGUUUCAUUGUGUUUUUGUUGAUUGUUGUGGAAAGUGACAAAACCUGCAUGAAAAAUGUAUUUUAGUAGAAAAUAAAAGUAACCUGUGAUCACCUAACUCAUCCUUUGUUCAAUUUUGUAUACCUUUUUUCUUAAAAUUACUUUAAUUACACUAUAAUAACAGCUGACUGUUGGGAUAAAUUUAGGAAGACAAGUUAAACAAUAAUCAUUUCUCGACUAUGGUAUUAAAAGCAGCUAUGACAAACACUAUCAGCUGUAGGGAGUAUAUUAUUCCCUCAGCAGGCAAAAGAGGUAAUAGCUGCAGUGUGUUGAAAUGAUGUGAAGGAAUUUUGUUGUAAAGCGAUCUGUGGGGAUUUGAAUGUGAUUCAGCAGAUGUGCAGACAGCAGGGAUGAAUUAAGGACAGGGAGGAACAUUUUAGCAGA